CUGGGCUCGAGAAACAACCCUUAUUAUCGCGCUUUUGUAAAUCGUAUCAUGGCCUUUCAAUUAAUCAAACAUAUAUUCAACUUUUUCUAUCCCAACGAGACAGAGAAUCAAAAUUAUCCAGAUCGGCCGGGUCCGCUGCUGAGUUUUGGGGACCUCAUACCCUGCUAUGACCGUUCAGGUGCAGACCGCUCAGCCAUCACAUGACCCUGCACACUCCGUCCCAAAUCCACCACCCCUCCCUCAACACAUGAAACACCACUCACAAGAGUUAUUCGAACUCUGCACGGACACAAAGUCUAUACCACGCCGACGUGCCCGAAGUGUUAGUCCUUCUGCAGCCCGAACAAAUCAACGCCGUGGUCUGGAUCAAUCCUCCAAUUCCCUACGUCCCAAAUCUGGCGGUGGAGAUGAGUUAUGGGACCCAUGGCCGGACGGUGACUUUGAAAGGUUAUUAACAUGGGAGGAGGUAUUAAGAACUGACAAUCUUAGCGAACAUUGGGCUUGUCAGCCAGGAGGAGGAGACAAGAGGGGGUCAGAGUCAGCACUUGCGUGGUCGCAAGGUAAAAAGACGAGACGUGUUUGCCUGGGUGUCAUUACUUGUGAUGAACCUACCUGUGAGGUAGUCACACGUCCGCAGACCCGCCGGGCUGGUAUCAUGGGACAACUCAAUGCAUCGUGCCUUUGUGGUAGUCAGCUCAAGCACAUCGACUGCGGUGUCACAUCAGUGUUGUAUUCAUUCAAAGGAGGCGUCUACUACAUUCACAAGGGCAUUCACCACCAUCCGAAACAAACUCACAUCUUGCAUCUAUCUCGUGACGAGCGGACAAGAUUUGAACAAAUAGUCUUCGAAAAUCCUGCUGCUGGCCCUGCGGCAUUAAUUGCUGGUCGCAACAGCAUUACUGGUACCCGUGAAUCUGUUUCAACGAUCUCCACAGUGCUUCUCAACCAGGACCGUGUCAAGGCCGAGCUGCAAGCACUACGGGGCAAGUCUACUCGAAACUUUGUUGAUGACUUCGCAGAAUUCCAGAAGAACCAUCCAGGAUAUGUUUUGUAUUCUCAAUUCGAAGCAGUCACUGUCGUUGUUGUUCAAACUCAAUUCAUGGUGUCACAACUGGUGACCGACUUCAUCGAGGACGAGGCUGUGAAUGGCAUUGUUUCGGAUGCAGCACAUGGGUUUUGGUACUCAUCUAAGGAUCUUCUCAUAAUUAGUUCGACAUAUUCUGCUUUGCUCGCAUGCUGGGUACCUGGACUCAUGACCUAUGCAAAUGGAGUCUCCCUGCUAGUGCACGCAACCGAGUACGCUGGCGGGUGGUCUGGUGGCGCGGUUGCAGAUUCCCAUCAAGUUUGGGAUCACCUCCUGGUGAUGUUGAGCAAGGAGAUCUCGUGGAUGAACUUUGGCAGGACCAAGCUAAGAGGCCUCGGAGAAUGGAUCCACUCUUGGGAUACUCCUCGCGAAGAAGACUUGAUUCAAAACUUUAUGUCAGCGGAAGUAUCAAAAGAACUGGACGACAUUCUACUACCACAUAUUGCUUCGCUUCAGAAGCUCCUUGACAGUCCAGACUUGAACCAAUAUGGUGCGGAGGCAUACCCCGUGAUAGACUACAUCUUGCGAUCGAAGAAGAAGCCAGAUGUAUGCCAAAAUUGCACGUUGGUUCUCGGAGAAUGUUCCUGGUGCUUCCGGUCAAGUCGAAAAAUGGCUUGGUGGCAUGCCUUUGGUGCAUGCUUUCACUCUCGUGGUUGCUCACCGAAAGGCCAGUGAUUUUGAAAAACGCAUCGAAGCUCGAAACGAAGAAUGGAACGAUAGCAUGCUGUUGAAGAUGGCUUGGGAUGAUCUCAUGAUAAGCUAUCCUACCAAUAGCUUCGUGGCUGAUGUCGACCUCGAGUGUCUGACCGCACUAGAAG